UCAGUUUUCUGGUCUGCUGUUCUGUAAAGUUUUCUGUGUUUUAGAAACGUUGUAACAUCAGAAAUCUUCCCAAUAUCUUCUAUUAAAGAUGGGAUACUGGAACCUGGAUAAAUAACAGAAACGGUGUUUCAUCUGGCCUCGCUAAGAUAUAUUUUGAAGAGAGAAAACGAUCUGACAUUAACAGACCAAACUCAUCACCACAGACCGGCAUCCUUCCUGUUAUGAGAGUUCCCUCAAACUGUCAGAGAAAUAUCAAUUUGUUGACCUUUGACCCUGAUGGAGACCAUGUUCAAUGCAGACAUGGAUCCAAUUCCUAUGAAUGCUCCACCUGCACACCUCCGUCUGUCAUCAGUCUCUCAUCAUCUUGUUCUCUUUCAUUCAGUCCAACCAACAGCAGCAGUGAUGAAGGUUCAUAUGCAGUUCAGCUGAUGAUGGAGGAUUUUCCCAGACAGACAAUCACUCUGACUCAUGACAGUGGUUCUAUAGUGUCGAUAAGCACCAGCAGUUCUAUGAGCAGAAUCCCUGUCCAGUUUGUUUUCAAAGUGGAUCCUGCAGCUCCGUCCUGCACAGCAGGUGAAUAUCUGCCCAGGUUUCUGCCUCCAACUCCUGAACAUGGAGCUCAGUUCUUCAUAGACAUCAAUGAGAUGAUAGAAAUCAACAUCAGAGCAGAGGCGACUCAGUCUGUGAUCACUGAGCUCCUGUUCAGUGGACCGGUCAACAUGGUCAAGAAUUCAUCUGGAUCAGGAAAUUUCACCCUGAGAUGGACGCCGUCUGUCAGUCAAAAUGAUGAUAAAGAAAGCCAUCCCAUCUGUUUUGCUGUCCAGGCAACAGCCUCCAGUUCUGUCUACCAGUCUGAGCUUCGAUGUGUCAUUGUGAGGGUUGGAAACAUACCUUUCAUAGCGACUCCAAGUCCUCCUCCUAUAACAUGUAAAUAA